AUGGCCAUUACGGAGUUGCAUCCCCUUCGAGUGGCUGGGACUGAUACCCUGUAUAAGCAGGUGGUUUCAGCACCUUGGUCUGCCCCUCCACCUGUAUGGGUGAAGGUUAACUGCGAUGGUGCUUUUUCUGCAACAAGGAAACGUGGUGCGUAUGCGACUGUGGCUAGAGAUCAUACAUGCCAGGUUAUUGCUGCUUCAUCCGGAAAGAUGUGUGUUGCCUCUGCAUUGGCAUCUGAAGCCUGGGUCAUCUGGAAGGCGUGCUAUUUGGCAUUGACUGAAGGCUGGAGGUUUGUUAUUUUUGAAAGUGACUCAAAAGCUCUCAUUGAUUCUUUGCUCACUGCUGUUAAUUUUCUUUUUGUCAACAGAUCUGCUAAUCAGUUAGCUCACAUGAUUGCUCAUUUGACCAAUUGUGGGAGUCUUCCUGUUGACUGGUUUUUGAAUCCUCCAUUUCAUGUGCUGCAACAGAUCCAACAGGAUGUUCGUGUGGGCAUUGGUUAG